CCCCCCCCCCCCCCCCCCCCCCCCCCCCCCCCCCCGCCCCCCCCCGCCCCCCCCCGCCCCCCGCGGCGCCCCCCCCCCCCUUAAUUUAGCAUGAAAAUUUGAUUUUAGUAAUUUGAUUCAAGUAAAGGAAACACGAGUGACGUGAAUAGUCUUAGUAUCUCAAGUAAAGUAUCAUCAUCUGAGGAGUGUCAUGAGCUUUAGCUGGAUGAGGGGUGUCAUAUGCACGAAAUCCGAAAAGACUAUAAAUGGAAAAGUACAGAAAAAUAUUUUAUUCUAUGUGGGGUCGGUAAUUGAUGCAGAACGAAAAUUUAACUUCGGCGUGAAACGGGAUGAAGGGGAACGAGAGGUAUCAGAAGUAUCCUUUUCUUCACGAACAAACAAUAACAGGUGGAAAAGAACAUAUGUCAACAAUUUUCUGGAAAUUAUAUUUGCUAGGGGUUCUUGAGAACCAUCACCCCCACUCACAUUAAAAAGAAUGGGAGUGGCGGAAUCAUAGGGAGUGGGAGUAAUUCACCCACUCGUUUUUUAAUGAAUGUGAGUGGUUAAUAUUGCUGAUGUAACAGGCCUACUUAGAACUAUGAAAUGUCGCAUUGAAUAAAGGUCAUUCUGCGAGAAGCACAAAAUAUUUUCUCUUUUGAAAAAUAAGGUUUUUAUUCAAGAAGUUUAUUUGUUGCUAGAAAACUCUGAAAACGCACUUUUGAGGAACUGGCGGACUCGACGAAGGACAUGUUAGGCUAUCACACCCAUGUGUUUUUCUAAAAAUCGUUAUAUUUUUUUUUCUGACAAAAAUCAUUAUGUCUGGGCUAUGUUAUAGAUAUGACUAUCACAAAUAUUAAUAGUCUUCCAAAUGAAAUUGUAUUAGAAAUAUUUGAAUAUAUUCCUGCACUGGAUUUGUAUUGUUCAUUUUUUAAUUUAAAUAGCCAUAUUAAUUCUAUUCUUUAUAAACUUUAUCAAUGGAAAAUUGACUUAUUUUUGAUAUUUCCUCGAGAUUAUGAUUAUCUUUGUCAACAUGUUCUACCCCCAUUUCGGGAACACAUAUCAUAUUUGAGAAUAAAAACAAUUAUAGAUUUUCAAUCACAAUUUCAAUUAAAGCAAUUUUUUUGUUAAAAAUCAUUGAUAUUACCCGCAUGUGGUAACAGAAGAUUCCGUAAUUUUCUACCUGUCAUAGCCCAACUUGAACAUUUGGUGUCAUUGUCACUAUUGAAUUGUUCAAACGAUACAUAUAAUUAUGGACAAAUAUUAUUCGUACUUCCAAAACUAACAAGAUUAACAUUAUCCGGUUAUCAUUUUAUUCAAUUGUCAUUCAACCUAUCAUUAACCAUAGCAUCAAAAUCAAAUUUAGAAUAUCUAAAUAUUUCUCCAUGUUCUUUACAAUGUCUUCAUCAUUCAAUAUUACGUUAUAUACCAAAAUUAAAAUACUUAAACGUGCAUAUACCACAAUGGUAUAGCGAUAUUAAUGAUAUGUUACCAUUGCCUUCAAUAUCAACGUUGAUCUAUUUAAAGUUGAAUAUUCGUCGUCAACUGAAACAUAAUAUAAUUAGAGAAUUAUUAACAUCAUUUGUCAAUUUAAAAUAUUUUUCAUUUUUAGCUUUUGAUGUUGAAUUUAUGAAUAAUCGUUUAUGGCAACAGUAUUAG